AACAGGUGCUUGUCCUUCACCUUGACACCAGGCGACCGCACUUGACAGGAGGCACAUGUGAACAUGUCGGAAGAAAAACACAGGCCCGAAGAGACGAAAUAUGAGGGAUAUUUUACCAACAAAGAUGGGAAGAAGAUAUUUUGUCGAUAUUGGAGCGAAGAGGAAGGAUUGACGAAACCAAAGGCGCUGCUGUUCAUUGCCCACGGAGCAGGAGAACACUGUCUGUGGUACACCCAGCUGGCACAGCAACUCACACAGAAGGGCCUGUAUGUCUUCUCACAUGACCACAUUGGCCAUGGCCAGAGUGAGGGAGACCGGGUGCACAUCGACCGCUUCUCACAGUACACACGGGAUGUGUUCCACCACAUUGAACUCAUCAAGGACAAGUUCCCCGAUGUCCCAGUCUUUCUUAUAGGACAUUCCAUGGGAGGCAGUAUUGCUAUCAAGUCCGCUAUGGAGAAGCCUGAUUUCUUUAAAGGGGUAGUCUUGAUCAGCCCUGCCGUCAUCCCGGAUCCCAAUGUGGCCACCCCAGUCAAGAUCACUCUUGGUCGCAUGAUUGGGCGAUUGUUUCCCCAGUUCCCGAUCAUCCAACUUGACAGCAAGAAUGUUUCUCGGGAUCGUGAAGUGGUGCAUAAGUAUGAUAACGACCCACUGGUGUAUCAUGGGAAGCUCAAGGCAAGAUGGGGCAGUGAGAUGCUGGCCACCCUGCAGGACAUCACGGCAAAUCUGGGCAAGGUGGAGUGGCCCUUCCUGGUCCUUCAUGGGACAGAGGACAAGAUGUGUGAUCCCCAGGGAUCCAAGCUGCUGCAUGAGAAGGCCAUCAGCAAGGAUAAGACUCUCAAAAUUUAUGAAAACUACAUGCAUCAGUUGCACAAUGAACUUGGUGAUGAUGGAGCCGGCGUCCGUGAUGACAUCAUCAACUGGAUCGCAGCGAGAAUGUGAUUGGUUGAUCAAACCGAGGCUCAAUUUUAGAUUGGUAGACCUUCCUGUGCUCAAUAUUGUCAUCUGUAAUGUUGCAGCUUUACUGUUUAUCAACUUCGGAGGAGGCCUUGUAACAAAAUUGUAUUUGGAAGUGACUAACUUUAGUUAACACUUUGGUUUUUAAGACAUACUCUCUUACGUAUCAGGGUGUGGAGUCAUCCCACAGCUGACAUACUUACCGUGUCAGCUUGCUGAUGGUGUUAACCUCUUUGGUCAUGUGAACAAGGCACCCAACCUCAUAUCAAACGGUCUGAGGUUCGAAUCCCAUCAAGGGACUUGAAGAGUUUAUGGCUGCUACACAUCUAUCAGACUUAUCUGAAUCACAAAUUUAUAUACGUUUAUAGUCAACUUUUUGAGUAUUGGAUAAUUUGAUGGUGAUAUUAUGGUUUAUAGACACAGUUUUGUAAUCAACUUCUAAACAGAUGAAAUCAAACCUAUUUUACGACUUAAUUCCAUUAUGUACACAGAGAGCUACUGUACGAAGAUAUUUUUUAUGCAUGUAUAUUUGAUAUCUAUUUUUGUCAAGUUAAUGAACUGGACACAUUCCAAACAGAAACAGCAUUGUUCCGUCACCUUGUUGCUGAGGGGAACUGUUUGGAAAAUCUGUCAUCUACAUUAUUACUCAUGACUAGUGGGGGCACGGGUGGCCCAGUCGUCUAAGGCCCCGCGAUUCGCUGUGCAGAGUUGCAUCCCUUGGGCACGCCUGAAACCUAUGAUAUUGGGUUCAAAUCCCGAUUCGCCCCGAUUAUGU